AUGAGAUAUGAUGAUGUUGUAGUCAAUAGCAACACUAGUACUAUCUUGAAUGAAUAUUUGAGGAUCAAGCAUCCGAAUGUCUUGCGUCAUUUAGCGUUUGUGACGAACCAUAAGCGGCAGUGCAAGAGUGCUGCGGAUUCGACGGUGAUAGUUACUGAGUACAUUGAAAAUGGGACAUUGCGGCAAGAUCUACGGCGGCGGGAAGCGCGACGGGGCGCGAAGGCGUUGGAGGAGUAUUUUCCUUUGACUGACGUUUGGUGUAUCUUCCUACAGUUGUUGUUGGGCUUACGACAUUUGCAUAAGCAUCAGUUGGUUCAUCGUGAUGUGACGACGCAAAAUAUUUUCUUGGGGUUCGGUGGCGCCGUGAAGCUAGGUCAUUGCCACCCGUUUGAUUAUGUGGUGAACGCUUCGCUCCUUCCGCCUGAGGUGGUUACGGGUCGAAUUAAAGGCGAUGCAUCCCCGAGUGAGGCGGACUAUCACGCUCGCGGCGAAGGGAUGACUCGGGCGCGUACUAUGGAUCGAGAUUCGCGCCAGCCAUGGAGGGAGUAUGAGUGUGAGAAUCUGAAAGAACACGGAGAUAUGUGGCUGCUAGGCUGUGUGUUGUAUGAGGUGCUCACGUUGCACCGAUUAACCGAAGAGCGUUUGAAGACCUGGCGGCACAGUCUGGCUAACUCACCGCAGCUGCCGAAGGUUUGGUGCCAAAGGUUCACGCGCAUUUUGGCUGGACUGCUGACUCCAGAUCCACAGUUGCGGCCGACAAUUCAACAGCUGUUGUCCUCGUCGGACGUGCUCCACGGCUACCACCACUUCACAGACAGUUCCAAGGACCUGAGUAACCACCCGGCCUUCAAACACCUGUUCUAUUACUGGGAAAAGUCCGGCUCCAAAAAGUUCUACUACGUCCCGCGUCCAUCCGGAGGUCUCUCGAGCGGGUCCAAGGGAGCUCCCGACGGGAGGCCCAAAGGACAAAUGACCGGGGACGAGUGGUUCCAGAAAAUGGAGAAGGGUCUUGCCGACUCCCGACUAACUGAGUCAGGACUAACUGACUCCCGACUAACUGACUCCCGACUAACUGAUUCCCGAUUAACUGACUCGCGAAUGACUACUGAGUCCCGACUAACUGACUCCCAAGACCGCCUUUACGAUAUGCGGAAGGAUCAGGUCGGACCACGGUUGGAAGAGAAGCGACAUGUGCACAACAGCAAAACAUUCCGUACGCGGAGUCCGCAGAACAGACAACAAUUCGCGGGUAGCGGCGGCAGUGCGCAGGGUUCCCCAGAACGUAGAACCCCGGAUCGAGGAGCCCCGGAAAGGGGAACCCUCCAUCUGGGCACCGCGGAACGGGGAAGUUCGGAACAGAGAACCCCGGAUCGGGGAACCCCGGAGCAAACGCGGGGGGCCUUGGAACGGAAGACUUCGGAACAGAAGACUGCGGAACGGAAGACUUCGGAACGGGGGUCGCUGGACCGGGUGCCUCUGAAGACAAGCAGCAAAGUCGGUCGCUGCAUUCCAGAGGAGUCGCCGCCGGCGACCCGGCCGGCAACGGAGUACGUGCUGCCGAACACGAUCCGCCGGUCGGUGAGUCGCGAAGCUAAGGAGCGGCUGAGCAAGCGGCUGUCGGACGCCACGGGCGAGCCGCAGUCGUUCCAGGAGGACGCAGACGAGCCGACUCCGCAGCGCAAGAUUCCGGACGACAAGGCAGUGCGCGACGCGAAGACUGAGGCCUACGGGAGCCCGCACGGACGACGGACCCCGCCCCAUCGCUUUGAGGACGACCCGGCCUCCCGAAGCGAGAAGGCCCGAAGCGAGAAGGCCCGAAGCGAGAAGACCCGAAGCGAGAAGGUCCGGGGCAGCAAGGUGCGCAGUGACAAGGAAGAGCGAAUGCGCAACCACCCCAGAAGCGAUCCCCCUCGGAGCGACCCUCCCCGCAGCGACAGAGAAGAGCGAAUCAGAGAACGACCACCUGAGACCGUGACGGGAGAAAACGCGGGCGUGGAAGACGCUGUGUCGGAACAGACGUCGACAGAGCACAGUGCGUCGCGGAAGGUGGCGCCGGCCGAGGCGGAGCGACUCGGGAGCCGGAAGGCGUUACGAACCAGGCUGGAGGUGGCGGCGCUGUCGGAAGAGAGUGCGGGGAGGGAGCUGAGUCCGUCGCGACUGGCGGAGUCGAGACCGAACUCUCAGGGGUCGAGGUCUAAACCCCAGGGGUCGAGGUCCCCGGGAUCGGAGCAGCAGCCCGAGGGGUCGGGGAGCGAGCCGGAGGUGGUGGGUCGCGGACUGGACCAGCCAUUUGCCCGAUUCUGCGGCGAGACGGGAGAGCGGGCCGGGUCGUUAGUGGACAAGGUGAGUCGGUUGAUGAACAACGCUCGGCAGUCGAUGGAUCCACCGUCGCACGGACCGGUCUCGUCGCGGACCUUCGCGGACCGGCGGGCGGCGGGUGAGGGACGGGGCGGGUCGAUGUGGAACGGCGGGCCGGCCUGGGUCCCGAGUGCGCGGCGGACGUUCGGUACGGCGGAGGCGAUUUCGAUGCGCAUCCGGCAGCCGCGGAGUUCGCCGUUGAGUCGGCAUUGCCCGGAUUUGAACCCCGAACCUUUCCUGCACCGUCGCGACUCCUCUACCGCUGGCCGUCGCGAAAGUGGCGACUUGCCGAUGAGUGAACAGCCCUUCAGCGACCUACCCGUCACGCCCGACGGUUCAGCCAAAACACCCGAUUGGACCGCCAAGACUCCCGACUGGAAAACACCCGACUGGACCGCCAAGACAACAACUGAGUGGAAGACCUCCUCCUGGACCGGCAAAAGCCCCUCCUGGGCAGGUAAGGCUUGUGAUUGGAAGACUCCUGAGUGGCCGGGCAAGACCCCCGUCUGGCCUGGGUCUCGGCCGACGGCGAAGGCGGCGGGACGCGCCGCGCGAGUGCAGAGCCCGACAAGCGUGACCACUGCGGAGGCAAGCGAGAGCGGGCCAGAAUUGGAGGUUGUGGGGGCGGGUCCGGCGACGGGGAUGCUUAUUUCCGGCGAGGUUCUUUCGGGCUACUCGGAUGAGUCGGGAAGUAUGCGACGCGUGCGUCGAAGGCUGAGUGGUUUUGCAUCGGAUAUUCCUUCACCGCGACCCUGUGGCUUCCUGAAUACGGACAGUGAGGACGAGGACCAAGACCCCAAAUUGCCCUACCCCACUGCGCAACCGAGACCGGGUCCGACCCUUCUCCGUAAGGGUCAACCGCCUCUUACGCCACGUAGUCUCACGCCACGUAAUGCCCGGGAAUCGCUCCACCGCGAUUCUCUCCAUCGAGAUCGGAACCGAAAUCUAGACCGAGACCGCGAUCGGGUCGACAGAGACCGGGAGCGGGAGCGGGGACACUCGCUGCAGCGUGAACUGCUUCAGGACAACGCCAUCUUGCAGUCGCCGUUGCUCUUGCGCGAUACGCAGCCGGCUCCGGUGGGAGGCGAAUUGCGACGCGCGUCGCCUGGACUGCUCUCUUCGAGUCGGCUGCCCUCGCCGGGUCUGAGCUCCAAGGUCGUGCACAGCUCGACGGGUCAGCUCUACGCAAGUGCCAAGGCCUGCCAGUUGGCGGACCCCGGCUCGCCCCAUAUGGGUUCUUCCCACCUAGGUUCGCCACACGGCAGUUCCCACCUAGGUUCGCCACAUGUCGGUACGCCACAUGUCAACACGAGUGCACACAUGGGCGGCUCGCUCAUGGGUUCGCCACACGUCGGCGCGAUCCCGUAUGGGAAUACGGGGUCGCACUUGGGCCUAGUGCACAUGGGGUCGCCACAGGCCGCGCGUGCAGCCGCGAGCGUGCGCGAAUCCGACGCGCGUGCGAAGGACAAGGGCGACCGGCGAGAAGGGUUGCACCACGGCGACGGCUCGGUCACGCUCUCCUCAGGACCCGACUCCGGUGAGUGUCUCCAAUGCGAAGGGUCCAACCUUUAUGUCGAGGUCCCGCGCGUUGAGAAACUCGUCAUGGAACGCAACGCCAAGGCGCGCGCCAAGGAGUACUACUGGAUGGAGCGCGUCGUCACCGAGUGCCUUCAACUACUCAAACCCACGCCAGGCCGGAAACCCACUCGAUCGAAACCCGUCGCAGUCUACACCGAAAUACCGGUCAUCAGACUCCAGGAGUACUGA